GAUAUUUAGUGAAUUCAGUUGUGUAAAAAUGUGGCCUCAAUCAAAAGUAACAUAUUCAAGACCACAAUUGAAAUCGCCAUAUGUCCUAUGGUAAAAAAAGCACCAAAUUCAGAUUUCAACAACGCGCGUCUUGUUUGCAAGGUGAUGUGUCCCAUCAAGAAGGGCGAACAGAUUUUUAUAUCGUAUGGCCUAACUGUACGAUUGUUUAGGCGUGAUGAACUUUCUCAAAAAUUUUGUCAAGAGCGAUAUCAUUUUAAAUGCGAAUGCGUAAUCUGUUCGACAGACUUUUGGCUGCCAUCAGAAGAUGAAAUCAACUUUACCAAUGACGAACUUUACAAGAACGUAAUGGAAGUAGCCAAUAUGAUGGCUAAAUUAUUUCAAGAACUAUCGCGAGAAAGAGUUGAACAUUAUGAGAGAAGUGCAUUCAAAUUUCUAGAAAAAUACGAUCGAUUCCAUUCAACCAGAGAAACGCGUGCAGUAUGGGUUACUUUAGUCAACAUGUGGCUCGUGCUCACAACGCGUUUCUGAAUCUGUCUUUAACAUGAUUUCAAAGUUCAGCACCAAUGUUUCAUUAACAAAUUAUUUGCAGUUAAACUUACUUUUGCUUACAAAUAAUCAAUCACUUUCUUAAAUGAAUGGAAUUUAAAACUAUUAGAUUUUCUAUUGAUGCAUAAAAAUUUGUUGAAAUAAAAAUAAAAUUCAUAUAUUCGUUGUUCUCAAUAUUCAUCAUAAUCUCCCAAGAAAAUCUGGUGAAAAAAAAAU